AUGAAGGUGUUUGGCAACAUCCUAAGUACCUUGGAGCAAGGAGGUGGACUGCCCGAGGCAGGGGUUGUAAACCAACCACUGCCUACGGAGGAUGAGGCGGUGGUAGUGGCAGAUGAACCAGUGAAGGAUGAAGUAGUGGUGGUGGAAGAAGUGGUGGUUGAAGAAGAAGAAAAGGAGAAUGAUGUUCUGCCAAAAGAGGCUGAGAAGGAAGAUAAAAAGAGAGAGAAGCAGCCAGAAGAGGCUGAGCAGAAAGAUAAGAAGAAGAAGAAGAGCAAGGGAAAGAAGGCUAGAGAGGUGGAGUCUUCACAUCAUCGCAAGGCAAGAAAGAACAAAGAGCAAAAGAAUGAUGGUGAAGAUGAGGAGGCCAAGAAGAAGAGGAAAAAGAAGAAGAAAGAGGAAAGAAGAUUGCGCUGA